AUGUGUUAUUACCAAACUUACAUUUUCCUCGGCUGCGGCCACGCGGUUUUCUCCAGCAAACCCAUCGCAAACUCAGGGUGUCUUAAUGGUGCCCAUUCCAUGAUGCAGGGAGGGCCAUCGUCAUCACUCACGGAGAUUUGCACAGAAAAGCUUAGUCACCCGCUUCGGACAAUUGCCAUCGACCGCCUCUGCGAGGUGUGCCGUUCUGAGCGAGACGCCCGGGUUGCAUAUUUCCAGCAACAUGUGGGAGGGGACAGCGAAAGACGGAUCAUGACGAGGUCUGCUGGACGCAAUGAGCGAGGCUCGGAACGGGGCCGUAGGCUCUUUCGAGCGACCACGGAUCUGGCCAUGAUGCUAGAGUCAAGCAGAAACCAGUCCGUCGCCGGCACGAGCAACAGUGGCACGACGCUCGCGAUAUCGAGUCCGACACAACAAGCCUUGGGAAAAUUUGCAGACGGAUUCAGAGGUGUGUUGGAAUGGAAUGAUGGAGGGUCUCGUCGCAGCGUUCCGAGUGAAGCUUCAGUGUCGAGUCCAGGACCGCAAGUUUCUCGGCCACAAGCCAGGUUGUCUUUUGCGGCUCUCGCAAACGACUUUGAAGCUUUAGGCGUCGACUGA